GCCGCGCAGGUACCGCCCCGCCCCGGAGACCGGCCCCAGUACGCGCCAGGCAUCCCCCGGCAAUGCCCUGGACCCCUCCAUUACCCCCGCGAUCCUCCUACAGGGGGUUCACCCCCUACAACACCCCCGGCAAUCCCCGUUACACCGCGGUACUCUCUGGAAACCUCCGGCAGCUCCCGAUACAACGAUACAACAUCCGAUACCGCUCGGUACCCCCCGUAUUCCCCUGGAACCCCACAGCAAUCCCCAGUACCCCAUGUUACCUCCCAGGCACCCAUCCGUCAAGAUCCAGACACAGCCCGGUACCCCUCGGGCACCGCCCAGUACUGGAACCUUCAAUACCCGCCAGGCACACCCGGCACCUCUCUGAAAUCCCCCUGUCAGUCCGUAAUACUUCCCGGGAACCCUGGGGCACCUCUUGGUAACCUCUUGGAACGCCCUGGCAACCCUCGGCAAUCCGCGAUACCCCCGUUAACCCCUGGUCACCCCCAGUUCCUCGUGGGGCACCUCCCCGGUCUGUACCAAUCGGUAUCGCCUUGGCACUCCUCGGCAGGGCCCGGCAAUCCUCGGGCCGGGCACCCCGCCGGGCAAUCCGGGCAAUCCACCAGGCACCCCCCGGUGUCUCAGUGCCGCCCUCCGGUGCUCCCGGCCCCUCAGCGCGGCCCCGGGGACACGCCCGGGCAUCCCGGUAUCUAUAGGCACCUUCGCGGUCCCGCCGUUCGUCCCUCCCGGUGUUCCCAUGAACCGUGGCACCUCCCACCAUCACCCCCGCAGGAACAGCCCCCCUUCCUCAUUCCUCCGUGCCACUCCCGGCUGCUUCCUCCCCCCUUUCCCGUCUGUGGGUGCACUGGAACUCUCGGGGGGGGAACCUGGGUGUGCCCCCCCCAGCCCCACUGGAGUGGGGGUUCCCAUGGCCACCGAGGGACAGCCCCGGGGGGUUUGUCCCCCCAGCCUGGAGCAGCAUCUCGUGUGCUGGGCCCCCCCAUACGGCCCCCCAGACCCCACCGGGGCUGGCAGCUCUGCAAGGGCGGUUCUGCUUUCCUGGCCAAGGACACUGACGCAACAGGGAAAGUUCCCAGCUGGUACCUGGGGGGAACAGCCAUUGCAGCUGCAGCCAUGGCACCCUGCACCUUCACCCUCCUCCUCCUGCUGGUGGGACCAUCGCAGUGGGGCCGAGGGUAUUGCACGGCCACCCCCCCGGAGGGUCCAGGCAGAGCCAUGUCCCGCCACGGACUGCUGUCCAUCCCACAGGACACACUGACCUUCCCGGAGCAUGGACACGGCCUCCGGCGGCAGAAGAGGGACUGGAUCAUCCCCCCCAUCAACUGCCCUGAGAAUGAUCGGGGGCCUUUCCCCAAGAAGCUGGCACAGAUCAAAUCCAACAAGGACAAGGAGACAAAGGUUUUCUACAGCAUCACGGGGCAGGGAGCAGAUAGCAUCCCUGUGGGUGUCUUCAUCAUCGAGCGGGAGACGGGGUGGCUGAAGGUGACACAACCCUUGGACCGGGAGAAGAUGGAUAAAUACGUGCUCUACUCCCACGCCGUGUCAGCCAACGGGCAGCCCGUGGAAGACCCCAUGGAGAUCAUCAUCACCGUCACUGACCAGAACGACAACUGGCCCGUCUUCACCCAGCAAGUCUUUGUUGGUUACAUUGAGGAGAAUGCAAAGCCAGGCACAUCUGUGAUGACCGUGAACGCUACGGACGCAGAUGAUGCAAUUAAUGUGAACAAUGGCAUCAUUGGCUACUCCAUCCUCAGCGAGGAGCCCAAGGGUCCACAGCGGAUGUUCACCAUCAAUGCUGAGAAGGGCAUCAUCAGUGCCAUUGGCACAGGACUGGACCGGGAGACCACUCCCAACUACACACUGAUCAUCCAGGCUGCAGACCAGGAGGGCACUGGCCUGACCAACACCGCCACUGCCAUCAUCAAAGUCACUGAUGCCAAUGACAACCCUCCUGUCUUCGACCCCACCAUGUAUGAGGUCUCAGUGGGUGAGAACGAGGUGGGGGUGCUGGUGACCCGGCUGUAUGUGACAGACCAGGACCUGCCAGGCUCCCCGGCCUGGAACGCCGUCUACCGCAUCCAGAUCGGGGACCCGCAGGGCAACUUUGAGGUCACCACAGACCCCAAAACUAACGAUGGGAUCCUGAAAACUGCCAAGGUGGGUCCCGCUGCCAUGGCUGGCUCAGCAUCAGCUGACUCUGCUGGCACUACCCAGCUUCUCUCCCACCCCCAGGGCCUGGAUUAUGAGACCCAGAAACGGUACACGCUGGUGGUGUCAGUGCAGAACGAGGUUCCCUUCACUGUGCCCCUGACUCCUGCCACAGCCACUGUCCUGGUGGUGGUCAGGGACGUGAAUGAAGCCCCCAUCUUCAUACCCGCGGUGAAGCGGGUGGAGGUGAUGGAGGAUGUGCCAGUGGGAUACCACAUCACCUCCUACACAGCCCAGGACCCCGACAAGGAGCAGAGCCAGAAAAUCACGUAUCGCAUGGGCAGUGACCCUGCGGGGUGGCUGGCCAUUGACCCUGAGAACGGCAUCGUCACGGCAGCCCAGCCCCUGGACCGGGAGUCGGCACACGCCAUCAACAGCACCUACAAGGCCAUUGUCCUGGCCGUGGACAACGGGUCACCAAACCAUGCCACUGGAACGGGGAUGCUGCUCGUCUGGCUUCAGGAUGUGAACGACAACGGGCCCAUCUUCACCCAGGAAGUUUUCCAUGGUUCUGUGCUGGAAGGAGCUGAGCCAGGCACAUCAGUGCUGCGGGUGCUGGCCACUGAUGCAGACAAUGCUGUGACCUCCGACAAUGGCGUUGUGAGCUAUUCCAUCCUGAGCCAGGUGCCGGAGAAGCCCCAGCCUGGGAUGUUCACCAUCGACAGCAGCUCUGGGCUGGUUUCCGUGGCCAUGCUCGGGCUGGUGGCAAAGGAGGUCCCUGAAUACACACUGGAGAUCCAGGCUGCCGACUUGGGGGGAUAUGGGCUGCGAGCCACCGCCAAAGCCCGCAUCACAGUGCAGGCUGACGGCAUGUCUGAGGUGGGAAACGGCACCCUGACCACCCACGUGCUGAACACGGCCACGGGGCUGCCGGCAGCUGGCCUUGUUGUCCGCCUGGCCCAGCUGCAGGAGCCAGGGCCACAGUGGAUGGAGCUGGCACAGAGGCGCACGGAUGCAGACGGGCGCUGCCAGCCCCUCCUGGCACCAGGACAGGGCAAGUCUGGCACCUACAAGCUGCACUUUGAGACAGCUGAGUACUGGCAGGGACUGGGGCACACCAGCUUCUACCCCUUCGUGGAGGUCGUCUUCAUCAUCACUGACCCAGCACAGAAGCUCCAUGUCCCGCUGCUCAUCAGUCCCUACUCCUACACAACGUACCGGGGCAGUUAGAGGGGCACAGCCUUCCCCUGCCGAUGCAGGAAUGAUGCCACUGAUGCCAUUAAAAACUCCAAACAGCA